AUUAUUCUUGAACAUAUACGGACACACACUGCUGUUCACCUGUGAGCACCGUAUCAGUGUUUGACCGUAUUACACGCUUCUACUUAGUUUGACUUUUCUGGAGAGAAGAAGAAGCUGAGGAUAAAAGAAAUGAUGGGGGCAUCUCUGCCUGUGUGUGGGCAGGAGUGCCCUGGCCGGCAGGCCGACUGUUAGCCAUGCUGCGGCAGCAAGAACCCACGGUCAGCACCCUGCAUCUGGUGGCCAAUGAUAUGACCGAUAUCAUGGAGAACUUGGACACACGAGAACUCGACAUGGGCGAUGGGGAAGAGGAGUUUGACAGCCAGGACCCCAAUAGUUCAGAAAACCGCAUCCCCUUCUCAGCUGUGUAUAAAACAGUAGGCUUUAAAGAGACCGGGGCACGUGUAUUUCUUACCGCGCUUCCCAUCACCGCCAAAAUCCUGGAGGUGGAACGCUUCACUUCCUCACAGGAUCGCUUCAACAUCACCUACCAGAGAAGCGUCUCUAAGGUGCUUCCUGCAGUGUUUAAGAUAGAGAUGAGACACGGGAACUUCACCUGGUUGAUAAAAAGGAAGGAGAAACAUUUUAUGGAGCUUCACAGGGAACUACGCACCUACAAGACCCUCCUCAGAAUUCCACUGCCGUCCCGCAGUCACGCGGAGCGGAGGCACACUAUAAACAGGAACCUUGAAAGAAACAUGCCAAGUCUACCCCGGGGAGGAGGUGAAGAACUGGCCAGGGAAGAACAAGUGUCUAGUCGAAAAAGACAACUUGAAGACUACUUGAAUAAGCUGCUAAAAAUGCCAAUGUAUAGAAACUACCAUGCAACAAUGGAAUUCAUUGAUGUGAGUCAGCUGUCCUUCAUUCAUGAUUUGGGACCAAAAGGCUUGGAGGGCAUCGUUCUCAAAAGGUCGGGGGGUCACCGUAUUCCUGGAUUGAACUGCUGUGGCCACAGUAAAAUGUGCUACCGCUGGUCUAAACGGUGGAUGGUGGUGAAGGACUCUUUCCUUGUCCUCAUGAAGCCAGACUCAGGUGCCAUCUCUUUCGUCCUGCUGGUGGAUAAGGUGUUCGACAUUAAAAUGGAAACUAGAGACACCGAGACGAAGCACGGUGUCCGUAUAGACUGUCUGUCCAGGACUCUUGUGCUGAAGUUCACGAGCUACCGUCACGCUCGCUGGUGGGGGCAGGCCGUCGAAGAUUUUGUGCGCAAAUACGGCAGCAAUUUCCUUAAGGAUCACCGCUUUGGAUCCUUUGCCAAUGAACAGAAGAAUAUCCCAUCUAAAUGGUAUGUGAAUGGGAAGCAGUACAUGGAGGACGUGGCAAAUGCACUGGAGGAGGCAGAGGAGGAGAUCUUUAUCACCGACUGGUGGCUGAGCCCUGAGAUCUUCCUCAAGAGGCCUGUCGUUGAGGGCAACCGCUGGAGACUCGAUUCCAUUCUGAAACGGCAAGCGCAAAAAGGUGUGCGGAUCUUUGUGAUGUUGUACAAGGAGGUGGAAUUGGCUCUUGGGAUCAACAGCGAAUACAGCAAACGGACACUACUACAACUUCACCCAAAUAUCAAGGUAAUGAGGCAUCCUGACCAUGUCUCCUCUUCCGUGUACCUGUGGGCGCAUCAUGAGAAGAUUGUAGUGAUUGACCAAUCGGUGGCUUUCGUGGGAGGCAUUGACUUGGCGUACGGACGCUGGGAUGAUGUGGAGCAUCGGCUGACUGACAUAGGAAGUGUUACCAGGACUCUUCCCGUGUCUGCAGAGAUCACUUCCGAAGGCUCUCCCGCUAUGGCCUCUCAAUCAAACGGUUCCAGCACGGAGCACACUAACGGCAAAAGUUUGCCUGUUGACACAGUGGACCAGCCGAAACUGAAAGGACAGGGCAAGACAAAGAAGACCCGAUUCAGCAUCCGCAGGCACCUGCAGAAACACGGGCUGGCUCCUGCAGACAGCGUGAGCAGCGUCGAGAGCUCUGAAGAAAAGACUGAAGCGGCACAAGAUCUGCAAGCAGAUGUGAUUGGCCUGAUGGGAAACACGCGGUUCUGGCAUGGCAAAGAUUACUGUAACUUUGUUCAUAAGGACUGGGUCCAGUUGGAUAAACCUUUUGAUGAUUUCAUUGACAGGCACAUAACUCCCAGAAUGCCUUGGCAUGACAUUGCCUCGGUGGUUCAUGGGAAAGCAGCCAGAGAUGUUGCACGUCACUUCAUUCAGCGCUGGAAUUUCACAAAGAUCAUGAAGCCCAAAUACAGAUCCCUGUCGUACCCAUACCUCCUUCCUAAAUCUCACACUACUGCGAAUGAGAUCAAGUAUCAGGUCCCUGGCUGCACCCAGACUAAUGUCCAGGUGUUACGAUCUGCCUCGGACUGGUCAGCGGGUAUAAAAUACCACGAGGAGUCGAUUCAUACAGCUUACGUCAACGCAAUUGAAAACAGCGAACACUAUAUUUACAUAGAGAACCAGUUCUUCAUAAGCUGCGCAGACAACAAAGUCGUUCACAAUAAAAUCGGAGAUGCCAUUGCCAAGAGGAUCAUUAAGGCAUAUCGGGAUGGUAAAAAGUACCGCGUGUAUGUGGUCACACCACUGCUUCCUGGGUUUGAGGGGAACAUCAACACUGGAGGAGGCAGUGCCAUACAGGCAGUCAUGCACUUCAAUUACAGGACAAUGAAUAGAGGAGACUGCUCCAUUAUCUCUCAGCUGAAGAGAGAAAUGGGUGAUCAGUGGAUGAAUUACAUCUCAUUUGGGGGUCUGAGGACCCACGCUGAGCUGGAGGGAAAGUUGGUGACUGAACUGAUAUAUGUGCACAGCAAGAUGCUUAUUGCCGAUGACAACACCGUCAUCAUUGGUUCUGCUAAUAUCAAUGACCGGAGCAUGCUGGGUAAGAGAGACAGUGAGGUGGCCGUCAUCUUUGAGGAUAUCCACACUGUGAAGUCAGUGAUGGAUGGUCAGGAGUAUCAGGCCGGACGCUUUGGAUUGAGCAUGCGGCUGGAGUGUUUCAGGAUGAUUCUUGGCGCCAACACUGACCCCAGCAUUGAUGUGACGGACCCUCUAAGUGACCAGUUUUACAAGGAGGUGUGGAUGACCACCGCUGCCCGCAAUGCAACUAUUUACCAGAAGGUGUUCCGCUGCUUGCCGUCCAGUGACGUUCGGUCAAUUUUAGAGCUGGAUGGCUUCCUCUCUAAGCCUGGUUUGGAGAAGGAGGACCCUGCACGUGCUCAAGAGGAGCUGAAGAAGAUUCGAGGCUUCCUGGUGCAGUUCCCUCUCCAGUUCCUCAGCGAGCAGAACCUUCUGCCACCCAUCGGAUCGAAAGAAGCCAUGGUGCCCAUGGACGUGUGGACAUGAGAGAACCUGCCCACAUCACCCGAAUAAAAACUGAAACUGCAAAUCUAGCAAGUGUACCAGGAACGACCUAAGCUUUCUUAUCAUAUAAUAAACACUUCUGAGACUGAAAAUGAGAUCUGAAGGCACUUCAGUUAUAAGUUGUUUACCAGAUUGGUUUGUUUCAUCCCUGAUUGUCUAUAUAUUCUAACACUAUGCAACUAAUAUUAAUUUAUGAGCUACUCAUAAAUCUUAUAAAAUGGUUAUAUGGAUCAUUUUGUGGUGUCCUGAUUGGAUGCUGUAUGUUGGUUUUGUGCCCUGUAACAUGCACUGAAUAGGUAUUAUUCUCUGCAAUUAAGUGCCAACUAUGUAUGUGAAAUUACAUCUUUUCUCAAUAUAAAGUGGAAACAUUUCUCAUGUACUAUAUCUCGAGGUAAUUUAUGGUUAUUUGAUAGUGGACGUGGUCCAUUAAAUGUUGCUUUCCUAUGGUAUGAAUUGCCAUGUUUUGGUGGCCUUAUUUCUUAACUGUGUUCUUAAUGCUGGUUGUGAACUAAAACCCACCAAAGCAUUUGUCUUUUAUGACCAAACCAAGUUGUUUUCAUAAGACUAGUAUUUAGACUUCUCCCCAUUAUUUGUCCAAAUUGUACAUAAACUGUAAAAACAUGCCUGGAGCUUUAAGAAGUUUACUGUCCGUGCUUGAAGUAAUGAAAUCAUUGCUCGUGACAUUCCAUUUAAAAGUACUGAAUCGGCUACAACUGCUACCAUUUAAAUAAACUGUCCAGGAUUUUCAUGUCACUGUAAAGGCCGCAGCAUGUGUGUCCUGCAUUCUGAGUAUCCAGCAAGUAUCUUCUAACAGUUGUUAGUCAAGCACUUAAAUGUCUGCACUGCUGACUGUGUACAGUAUCUGCACUUUUACUUCAGAAACUAAUUCCUGUUCUGUUCUUUGUCACCUUUUCCUCAUGUAUUUUCCCCAUUAAUUGCAUUUUUGCACACAAUGUGUAUCAUCAAAAACACAAAUGAUCUGUGUUGGGAUGUUUAUGAAAUAUGUGAAUUGAUGUUAUACAGAUGAUUAAACCAUAAUUUUCACACUA